UGUAAAGGCGUGAUUUAUUUGUUGUUGAACGGAAAGCAACUUUUGUGGAAUGAUCUGAUCAAGCAGAUGUUGCUCAAAUCUAUGCGUUUUCCCCCAGGUUUUUUUUUUUUAAAUAGUAAGUCAUUCAUUGAAGAUCUUCAGAUGCUACAUCUACUACAUAACCAGAUCUGAGGUAAGGAUAAUUUUAUGUAAAGUUCAUUAACAAAAUAAAAAUGAACUUAUGUAAGAAAACCUGUUUCUUUUACAACGGAUGGGGCCCCUUUUGUUACUGGGAGGGAUAAAGGAUCAGUCAAUCAUUUCAAGGCCGUAUAUUCUAUAAUGGACGCUUGUCCGAGGCAUUCAUCAGACAGUUCUGUGUUCAGUACCGAGCAGUGAAUUACCUGAAGGGAUAGCAAGAGUCAUGCAGAUGACACAUAUAAGAAUCAAAAGAAAAGCCUGAUCAAGUUAUACAAACGUUCAUUUUAAUGCACAGAAAACAAUACAAGAUUAGUUUUUUAAGCCGAUUUAACGGGUAUUUCAGUUGAGGUAUGUCAGAAUUAUUCAUCACGUUGCAGAUCCGAUUAUGGUCCGUCCUAAUGCUACUUCCACGGCUGCUAUGGCUGGCUUUCCCACAAAUAGCCCAUGUCAAAUCUAGCCCUCACACAAUGAGCUACUUCAAGUCCAGCUAUCACGCACUUGGCUACUUUUAAAGUUAUCUUUCAAACAAAAAGCUACUGUGACAGCUGUCACAACAAUUAGUCAAACCAAAACAUCUUUCAAACAAAAAGCUACUGUGACAGCUAACUUUCACAACAUUAGUCAAACUAAAACAGCUUGUAUCCAGAGAAACGAAAACUUAAAGCUGGAUUUUUGUGACCACGAGGUCGCAGUGUUCUUUGAAAUUAUUUGUUUAUCUUCUUUUAGAUACGAGGCAUCACUUUCAACUAUUAACAUCAUUCAGGCCCCAAGUUUCAAAGUGUGAUGACAGACGCACACAUAGGGGAAGCUCAAUGAGAUUUGUUUAAACAACUGCACCAUCGUACAGGACCAAUUUCACUGGUAAAAGUCAGUAACAUUUUCACAAAGAAAAAUUUCAGUACCGUUGUAAAAAUUAAUAGAGUACUGUUUAGACCAUAAUAAAGUUAAUAACAUUUAACUGUGUUGAAUUAAAGCAUGUAAAUAAAAGUAAAUCUUAAUUAUUAUUUACCACCAUAACUCAAAAAGAUAUUUUAAAAGUUGUCAAUGUCCCAAUUGUGGUGUUAACCUGCGUUGCCCAUUUGGUGGUCCGUGGACAAGCGACGGUAUGCGAAACUUACGUUGCCGGUCCGCACAAAGUGGGUCAAGCAACCGUGGGAAGAGGGUUAUAUGUUGGAGGGUCGUUUCGAUACUCUGAUUCUGAUUCUAAUAAGGUACGUUGCUGCAUUCAUGAUCUGGCAUAAGUGCAACGGUUUGGGAAAAGAUGCGGUUUCCCAACCGCUCCCAGGGCAGCCUUGAAACUCUCAAAUGAUGUUGAGUCCACAACUGCAUCGUCCAGUCGGUUCCAAGCAAUUAUUGUUCGUGGGAAGAAUGAUUGAUUAUAUUGAACUGUGUUACACCGAGGCACAGUGAAGCAUUUAUUAUUGUUUCGGAUGUAACUGCUCAUGGAGUUGCCAGAGGUGAAGUCAGUGUGUAGUGAGCAUUUGGCUCUGAUUAGGCGACCUGGCUCCUGUGGGGUGAGAUACGUGUUAGCUGGGAUGGCCGGAACUAGCCGCGUGACAACUUUUAGAACUGAAGAGUGUCUUUAGCAUAAAUAUCCACUCGUUUAUAUAUCAAGAGGAGCCUAUAAGCUGAGAUUAUUGCCAGAUUAAAAUUGUAAUAAACGUGAAAACUAUAUUUUUAAGACCUUACAAAGUACGGUCAAAUCAAUGUAAUAAGCAGUUUUGGCGUUACAACAUCAUGUCCAAAUCGGCCACCGUCCUUGAAUUGAGAAAAGAUCUUACCGAAAAAUCUGAGCGGAAAAAAAAAAGAAAUUGUUCAGGUCUGUAUGAAAAUGAGGAUUGGAUACCCAAGUUGGCUUACUUGGAAGACGUCAGAUUGGCAUGUUCGAAACCCACACCAGGGACGAGGACUAAAAAGUUUGGGUGCACCUGCUCUAGAAUCCUUUGUUGUGGAUACUAAUCUGGCCCUGGUAACUUUCGCCUGCAAAAGGACGAACAAUGCAAUGGUAGUUUGUUCAAACGGCAACAAUGAUUACGUUUCCUUGUGUUUGGAAAUUACACAUGAAGACAGACAGAAAUAGAAAAGUACCAUGAAGUAAGACUAAAAAAAAAAAGUACCAAAAAAAAUAAAUAAUAAAAUGGUCCACAAAAAUGUGAUGACUUUAAACCAUGUCGAGUGCGCAGGCAGGCAGUAAACCCGCUUCAGUCAGUCUCAAACAGAUCGGAGACUUUUAAUUGAAAAAUAUAUGUUUAUAUCGUUAAAUGCACUUACACAGAGAUUGACAUUGAAAUAGUGCGCAAUUUGUAUUGCAGGCGGUACGUCUAAUUCUAUUGAUCCGGUUGUUUCAGAUCGAAGACACUGCACACUUUGUUACUGUUCAUGUUCAUAGCCUAGAACGUCUGGGACACGAGGAGCUCACCUUGUCGGUAUUUAAUGUAAGAACUCAUUUUUUUUUUUGUGUGGUAAAUGCUGUGUAUUUAACUCCAUCAAUCUUAGAGUCAUUAUUUCAGCAUGCAUGGUUUUGCUUCCUGAACCCUCUCUCUGUCCUCGUUUUAUAGCCAUUUUCAUUGUUUCUAUAGUAUAGUCGUUACUAUCCUAGUGUCUCAUUUUUAUUUUACUUAGUUUACAUGUUUUUAAUAAUUGUAAAGCGCUUAGAGCUUUAUGGUAAGCGCAAUAUAAAAAUGCCUAAAUAAAUAAAUUAAUUAAACUGGGAGACGAAACACCUAAAUUGAUUUUAAAAUGAGUGAACUUAAGGAAACUCUAAAAAUCCACAUCAUCAACCUCCAUCAGGCCUUUCGGAAAUCCUUCAGCUAUAUCUCGUUGAUAAAAAGCGCGAAGAAGAUAAGGCUAUGUAUCUAACAUAAGUGUGAGAUCCCAUGUCAUACUUAAUGGCAUAUGAGGUUCAUUUGAAUGAGCUCGCAUGAGCUUUUUCACUUAAAUCUUUGAUGAUCAGACAUAAUUUGUAAAGUCCCUUUCAACAAACUAAACUAUAUUCGCAGAUUGAUAUUACAUUGACCAUAUCAAAGGACGCUGGAGAUUUUUUUUUAAUUAUUGAACAUAUUUAUAUGCUUUUAGCGGUAUGUAAUUGCAUGUAUAUAUUCAGAAAAAAAUGUAAUGUCCAUUAAAUAUAUAUAUAUUUAUACUUCAUAACCAUUAAAUUAUAUUUAUUUCUUUAUUUCACGUUUUGACAAUUCAUCCACUGUCAACCACCACUUCAUCUUAAUCGUACUCACGAAUUAAGUCUGUUUUUUUUGUUAUUUUGUUCACAUUUUCUUUCCAUAGUGGCAAUCAAGCUAUCACCAUGACAACCAUCAGUACUGAUAUCGCACUCGGGGUGAUGAAUUCGAUUCAGAAACUCUAUUUACGUCACGAACUUGUGGAGGAUUUCAUCAUCGAAAUCGAAAACACUGAAAUUAUGUGCUUUCGCUUCAUUCUUGAGUCGUGCUCCGAAUUUUUCAGCGGACUUUUCCGGUCAGGAAUGAAGGAAGUGACGAAUGGCCGAGCCACUUUACAUGGUAUUUCUUGUGAAACAUUUAAGCUAAUCCGGGAGGCCAUGUAUACUGGAAUAGACGUCGUAACUGAAGAUAAUGCCAUUGCCAUCUGGCAUGCCUCAAAUCAGUUACAGAUUGACUUCAUGAUUGAGUUGUGUGAAAAGACGGUCGUUAAGAUGUUGUCAUUGGACAAUUUUGAGGAAGUCUACAGAAACGCUAAGCUCAUUAAUUCAAAACAUGUUCUAGGACAAUUCAAAACUUUCAUUUCGGAACACUUUGUACAGAUACGAAAGAUGAACACAUUUCUUGAACUUUCGUAUGACGACGUUUUGGCUUUGAUAAGUGAUGACAAGCUUGUGGUAGAAUCUGAAGAUCAAGUCUUGGAAUCGAUUAUGGAAUGGAUAGAACAUCCUGUCAUUGAAAAGUUAGAAGAUGAACAUCAAAAUGAUAAAAGGAAAUGUAUUGAAGAUAUUCGAGAAAGGAGUCAGGCUAUUGCCAAGAUCGUUGCUGAAAAAAAUUCAUUCGUCAAAAGCAAAUUAACUGUCGUGUCUAGUGUCAACAUUGAGCAAUCUACCAGUGAUAUGGAUGCCAAAAGAUUAGAUAAUGACAACAGGGUUGUUCACAAAGGCGUUCGCCCACCGCCACAUGUCCAAUCCAACGACAUAUCCCCAGUUGAAAUUAAUGAAGGUCAUGAUCAAACUGACAGCACAGGGACGAAAAUGUUGUAUCAAACUAACGACGCCCUUCAACAGCUAAGACGUACGAAGCGCAAAUUCGCUGGAGAGCGAGAGCCUAAUUUGGUGCCACUUUUAAACGCUGCGAGAACUUGUCUCGCCACUUCUGCAUUUCUGGAGAGUCUCUACAAUCAUCAUUUGAUUAAAGAGAAUUGCAAAGCUAAAGAUAUCAUUUUUAAUGCAGUCCUUCAUCACACUGAGAAAUAUAGAAAUGGGAGAUGGUCAGAAGCAGCGUUGCACAGAGAGUGUAGCGCUUUUGGUAAUUUUGGAGUUGUCAGUCAUGGAAAUGGAGUGUUCGAGGCUUACUCGACAGUCCAAGAUGUAUUUUUUUAAAAUGGCACGUUGUCCAGAAUGUUAUCUGUCAGUUCACCUGGUCGUUUCUGACAAUGAAUUGUACGCAUGUGGACGAACUUUCAGAAACGAUACCAAAAGCAAGCUGUUUCUAUUCAGAGGAAAUGUAUGGACUAAAGUCACUGAGCUAAACAGGGCCACAGCUAUUUCUACUUUCAUACGAGAAUACAAUCUUGUUGUUAAAUGGGGACAACAAAAAAAAAUAUCUUCAAUAAAUCCAAAAGAAAGUUAUAAAAUUCAAAAGAAUUUAGCAACUCUUCCUGACGAUGGGAUCUUUGAAUAUGCCCUGAUAUAUGAACGUCAAUUGCUUGUGUUUCUUGCAGAGGCUGUUCAAGAUAUUGCAGAAACAGCUGUCCAUUGUUUGGAGUUAAUGACUAAGUUUCGGACGAGACUUGACAAUCUUGACGGGCCAGCCCAACAUUUGAUCAGUUUUCAAGACGGUGAGAACCACUACAUCCUACAAGGCAAUGGGGAACUUGUGGAGAUUUGUGAAUGCCAUAGAUAAACGUGUGUCAUUUCAUUUUAUUGGAAAACUAUGGACAGACGAUAGAAUUGUACAUGGCGCCGUGCCUUACAAAGAUCGACUCACUUUAUUUGGAGAUGACCCUAGCAACUAUCCUGAAGAUGCAGGAUUUGCUUUCAAAGACUUCCCAUAUUCUUUAAGAAAUUGGGGCGUCAAUGGCGAUUGUUCCAAUUUCCUGCCUGUUACAUUAGCCAAGAGUUGUCUCAUCUCACUAAAUGAGUAGACACGCGGGGGAGAACACAUCAUUUAACAUCCUCGGACCCAGCCUGUUAUAUUAGCCAAGAGUUGUCUCAUCUCACUAAAUGAGUAGACACGCGGUGGGGGAGAACACAUCAUUUAACAUCCUCGGACCCAG